CAAUUCAUAGUUUGUAGAAUAAUUGCCAGAUUAUUUAAAUAUCAUAAAAAUAUAUUAAUUGUCAAAUAAUUUGUUCGUUUUGUGAAGUCAUGCUUGCAUAUUUUUUCAGAAAAUGCAUAAGCGAGCAGCAGUAUUGCGUUUCUCUUACAAGUAGUUUCUUUCCCUUCUCUUUCUUAUUAUACCUUUGAGUAUCCCAAUCUUGUAGCUAGGAGUGUGUGUAAGAAUGGCUUAUUCUACACUUGCACUUGUUUCACUUGAAAAAACUAUCAAUCACUUCCUCCAUCAUAAUCAAUUUUCCAUUUCUCCUCAUGAAAAACAGCAGAUUUUAUCUCUUGAUAAAUAUGUAGUUUCAUUCCUAUAUUUUCUUGAAGAUUUUGGGGGAAAAGCCACGCCUUUAGAAGCAAGAAUAAGGGAUGUAGCAGUGGAGGCUGAAGAUGCUAUUGAAUGGCAUAUGUGGGUAAAAAUCCGCUACAACUUUAGAUAUACCCUCUGGAUUGCAAAACUAAUAAGAGGAAUCAAGUUUAUAUUCCAGUUGCGCAGAGUAAUAGAUCAAAUGGAUUCAAUCGCCGCAGAGGUGGUGGAGAUCAAAAAUACCAUCAUCAUCGAAGGUGCAAAACUUGAUGAUCCCGUUGGGGCAAGUUCAUCCUCAUCACAAGAUGCAAAUGCUGGCAACAGCCAUGUGGUUGGCUUGGACAAAGAUCUGCGAGCAAUACAGGAUUGGCUUUGUGGAGAUUCGCGACAACUCCAAAUCCUCCCAGUAACUGGUAUGGGAGGCAUUGGCAAAACGACUCUUGCUACAAAUGCUUUUGAUCAUCCAUUAAUUAUGGAGCAUUUUGAUAUCCGUGCUUGGGUCACAAUAUCACAAGAUUACAGUCAAGAAAGACUUCUUUCAGAUCUCCUAGAUGCCAUGAAAGAAUUUGACCCAGGAAUGAGGAAAAAGUCUGUGGCAGAAAACUCUCAACAGGGCAAUGAAUCUCGAGGAGAAGAGAGCAAUGGUAAAGAGGCAGAAAACUCUCAGCAGGGCAAUGAAUCUCGGGGAGAAGAGAGCUAUGCUGUAAAGGCGCACAAAGUGCAUAAAAUCCUAAUAGGAAGAAGGUUUCUCAUUGUUAUGGAUGAUGUGUGGAGCACUGAGGUAUUGGACGGCGUAAAGAAUUUAUUUCCUGACUACAAUGAUGGUAGUCGAGUUCUGUUAACCACGAGGCUAGCAGAUGUUGCUUCUUACGCUGCUUCCUCUACGUCUUCUCAUGAGAUGCGUUUGAUGGAUGCUGAUCAAAGCUGGAAUUUGCUACGGCAGAAGGUGUUUGCACACCAAGACGACAUUCCUCCUGAAUUGGAGACCAUCGGAAGGGAGAUUGCAAGAAGUUGCGGAGGAUUGCCCCUUGCAAUGGUGGUGGCUGCAGGAGUCCUAUCCACGACGAGUAGGACUGUAACUUCAUGGAGUAAAUUUUAUUGA